AUGGCUCGAUUUCCCGCUCAGCAAAGCCGUCCCGUCCACGCGACCUCCUUGGUGAACCAUGCGGCACCGGUUGACGCCAACUAUGACACUGCCAACCCUGCCUACAUUCGCAAGUAUCUCCGCACCUACGGCUUGACUCCCCCGCGUGCGGAGUCGUACGAGACCCAGAAGACUCGCUGCCUCGCUCAAUUGGCUCUCAAGCAGACCCCUAUCGACAAGUUCCUCUACCUCAGCACUCUCCGUAAGAACAAUGUUCACCUGUUCUACCGUCUGGUCACGGACCACCUGAGGGAAUUGACCCCCCUCAUCUACACUCCCGUCGUUGGAGAAGCCUGCCAGAGAUGGUCUGAGAUCUACCAGCAGCCCGAAGGUAUGUACCUGAGCUGGGAGGAUCGCGGCAACCUGGCCGCUGUCAUUGCCAACUGGCCCCAGCCCAACGUGGAGAUCACAUGUAUCACCGAUGGUUCCCGUAUUCUCGGCCUGGGUGACCUUGGCAUCAACGGUAUGGGCAUUCCCAUUGGCAAGCUGGCUCUUUACACUGCCUGUGCGGGUAUUCGCCCCGAGGCCACCCUGCCCUUGACUCUCGAUCUGGGUACCAGCAACAAGGCUUUCCGGGAAGACCCGUUGUACAUGGGUAGCCGCCGUGACAAGGUGACCCCCGAGGAGGAGCGUGAAUUCUUGGAUGAGCUGAUGGCUGCUCUGACCGAGCGCUGGCCUGGUAUUGUGAUCCAAUUUGAGGACUUCAAGAACCCCUUCCCUGCUUUGGAGCGUUACCGUGAUAACUACACCUGCUUCAACGAUGACAUCCAGGGUACUGGUGCUGUCAUUCUUGGAGGUGUGAUCAACGCCGUGAAGCGCUCUGGCCUUCCUUGCAAGGACCACCGCGCCGUCUUCUUCGGUGCUGGCAGCGCCGGUGUUGGUGUUGCUAAGCAGAUUGUUGACUUCUUCGUCCGCGAGGGCAUGACCGAGGAUGAGGCCCGCGCGUGCUUCUACCUGGUUGACACCAAGGGUCUUGUCACUGCUGAUCGUGGUGACAAGCUCGCUGAUCACAAGGUCUACUUUGCCCGUACGGACAACAACGGCCUGCAGCUGAAGACCCUGGAAGAUGUUGUUGACCAUGUGAAGCCCACCAUCCUGAUGGGUCUUUCCACCAUCGGCGGUGUCUUCACCCCCGAGCUCCUGCGCAAGAUGGCUGAGUGGAACACCGCCCCCAUUGUCUUCCCCCUGUCCAACCCCUCUCACAAGUCCGAAUGUGACUACGAGAGCGCCGUCACCAACACCGAUGGCCGGGUGCUGUUCGCCUCCGGUUCUCCCUUUCCCCCCAUGUCCUACACCAACUCUGCUGGCGAGACCCGCACCUACUACCCCGGCCAAGGCAACAACAUGUAUGUCUUCCCCGGUAUUGGUCUGGGUACCAUUCUCUCCAAGUCUGUCAAGGUCACCGACAGCAUGAUCUACGCCUCGGGUGAGGCCCUUUCCAAGGCUCUCCUUCCUGAGGAGAUUGAGCGUGGUCUUCUCUACCCCGACCUGACCCGCAUCCGUGAGGUCAGUGUUGUUGUGGCCCGCAAUGUCAUCCGGGCGGCACAAGAGGCCAAGGUCGACCGUGAAACCGCUCUGCGCACCAUGAGCGACGAGAACUUGGAUGCCUGGAUCAAGGCCCGCAUGUACAACCCCCACACUGAGGUCUUGGCCUUGGAGCGGGAGGUCGGCUCUAUCCUGGCUAGCCUGGGACCCAGCGCCUUCUCCCUGGAGGCUCUGACUGAGGAGGCUGAGAAGAACUCUAAGCUGUGA